CCUCCCGGAAGUGAUUGCCUCUGGGUCACGGCGCAGGCGCAGAGUACGCGCGGCGCCGCUCGAGGCGGAGGCGCGGUGUCUGUGGGCCUCCGCGCGGGUCUGGGGAGAGAGCCAGGUAGCUGCGGCCCAGGCGUCAUGUCAGACAACGAGGACAAUUUUGAUGGCGAUGACUUUGACGAUGUGGAGGAGGAUGAAGGGCUAGAUGACUUGGAGAAUGCCGAGGAGGAGGGCCAGGAGAACAUUGAGAUCCUCCCUUCUGGAGAGCGACCGCAGGCCAACCAGAAGCGAAUCACCACACCAUAUAUGACCAAGUAUGAGCGAGCCCGCGUGUUGGGCACCCGAGCCCUUCAGAUCGCGAUGUGUGCCCCUGUGAUGGUGGAGCUGGAGGGGGAGACAGAUCCCUUGCUCAUCGCCAUGAAAGAGCUCAAGGCCCGAAAGAUCCCCAUCAUCAUUCGCCGCUACCUGCCCGACGGGAGCUAUGAAGACUGGGGGGUAGACGAGCUCAUCAUCACCGACUGAGCCGGCAUCAUCUUCCUGGCUGUGCCUCAUCCCCAGUUUCUAGUCUCACAUUCUUUAUACGUGUAAAUAAUAAACCCUUUGACUUUUCAAA